ACAAAAGUAUGCAUAAAAGGAUUGAUUCGCACAAAAGUUGUACCGGUAGGGAGCGUCGCGCGUGAGUUGCAGGGAGGCAUGUGCGGACUUCCUGGAACUAAACGUAAGUCGCAUUUUAGAAAGUCGCCUCCGAGAGGAACCACUUCCAGCGGUCACAACGACUUUUUCCGACCCGGUGCCCUCGAACGGACGCACUUCUCGCUCUGUCCAUCGUCAAAAAUCCAACACAGCCACAAUAACUUUCCAAAGAAUAGUCUACUAGCUAGUACUGCUACAACGCCACCUGGUGGCCCAGCCAGACACCAACCAGCAUCGGUCAUACUAGUAUUAGUACGGGACAAACAAAGCCGUUGUUGAAGUCGUCGCUACGAACCCCAGAAGGCAAGGAAGUCAACUAAAGCACUAUACCGGUAGCAGGAUGCAAGAUUCUGGGCAGAAGCAAGAAGAGGUGAAAGAUGAGAGUCUGAUUGCUCUUGCCGGUGAUAACCAAGGUGCAAUCCAUGAUGUUUCUUCUGCCGAGGCUCCUGAGAAGGUGGAAGCCACGAAAAAGACCCAACAGAAUCUUGCGUCGUUCGAAUCAAUCAUCAGCAACCCGAACAGCAAAGACGAUCGGAAAGUGGGCUCAAUUUCAAAUGUAACCGUAGCUCGUCCUGGCGCUGUGGCUGUGGCUGUUCGCAGCGAAGGAUCGAAUAAAAAUACCGCCACGAAAACGGCUGCAGGAGUAGCAGAUCCAUUGACAACAACACCGCCUUCAUUCCUCCAGGACAUUCAGCCUCUCCCGUCCGCAAACAAUCCAUCUCCAGCAGCACAGUCUCAUGAUACAUCGUUGCCAGGAGCAUACGCCGAGGUACCUGGAUGGAGACAGGACUCUGUCAACGUACAGGAUAUAUUGGGCGUGGAAAACAGUGUGGAUAGGAACCUGGAGGAUGCCGUCGCGUGUUCUCCACAACCAUUAGAGAACAGGGGGGCUGGUGAAUCCGCAGUAUCAAUGUCCGAUGUACAAGCCAUGAACUACCAUCAGGGACUUGUACAUGCCCGAGAGGUUGAGAACCCAGCCAAUCGUCAAGUUGCGGUUCAGGUUGUAGAUCCACCUAAGGAUUCGGAUACGGCUGUCGACAAUACAAAUGACAAGCAGAACCAAAAAUGGUGGGUUUUGUUGAGUUUGGUCUUGGUGGUCCUAGCAGCAGUUGGCUUGACUGUGGGACUGGCAGCUACCAAGAAUAAGCACGCGGAUGAUCCAAUUGACAAAGAUUCUGCUGCCACCAGCACUACAAUUCCUGAUCAGAAUUCAACAACGAUACUCCCAAAACCAGAUGUAUACAAUGAUGUAUUCUUCAUGCCAAUCCUUCACAGAGUGCCCAACUCCACCUUGGACUUCAUUCAAAAUCAUGACACCACCAGUCCUCAAUACCAAGCAUACCAGUGGCUCCGUCAAGAUGCUGCAGUUAAUAAUCACACCGAAGAUCGUCUCCUGCAACGGUUUGUUCUGGCAAUCUUCUACUAUGCCACAAUGGGACCUACCCACUGGAAAUACAAAGGAGGGGGAUCUGUUGUCAUCAACACAAAUUUUCGACCCAUGCCUACACCAGGAUUCCUUCUGACAUCAGAACCUGGCAACCAGAGUGGAACCAGCAACUACAGUACCAAUACCACCAUUUCACAGCCAUCUACUAACAACAGUUUGGGAGGAAGAUGGCUCUAUGAAGAAAGUACAGCUAUAAGCACAACAGAUUCACAAGAAUGGGAUUCAAUGCCGCGUUCCACAUUUCUCCGCCGUAAAUUGCAGCAACAGCCUGAACCGACAUCAGGGCUGUUCCGUCAGAUUUACAUCAAUGGAACCCAACCAUGGCUGUCACACGAAUACCAUGAAUGCAUCUGGUUCUCAAAGACUCCUGUCAAGGAACAAGAGACUUGUUUUGAUGAUGGAAACUACAAGAACCUUGCUCUCAGCUUUAAUUCUCUGGCAGGGACUCUGCCACAGGAAAUCAGCCUCAUCACAUCACUAGAGAGCAUCAGUGUUGGCAAGAACAAAAUUCGAGGUACCAUCCCUUCCAAUAUUGGUUUAAUGCCCAAUUUGAUUGAGUUUCGAGUCUUUGGCAACCUCAUGACCGGGACAGUUCCCAGUGAGCUGGGACUCCUCUCCAAUUCACUUCGACAGCUUUCCUUCUUGGACAAUGACUUCGCUGGUGAACUCCCCACGGAGUUUUGGAAUCUAUCAAACCUCACUGAUCUUUUGAUUGGCAACAACGCCAACUUAAGAGGAACUCUGCCAGCUGAUUUUGGUGAGCGUUUCCCCAAGUUACGGCUCUUUCUGUCGGAAGGUGCUCAAUUCGCAGGCACCAUUCCAACAUCCAUUGGCAAGUGUUCAGAUUUGGUGGAGCUGGUGAUCAACAACAAUCAAUUGUCUCGGGAGCUCCCCAGUGAACUGGGCAAGUUGAGUCGUUCUUUGAUACUGCUAAAGGCCAGUAGCAACCCACAGCUGGCAGGGCAGCUUCCAUCUGAACUGGGCCUGCUCACUAGUCUGCAAGAGCUUCGCUUGGAUGGCAAUCCAAAGCUGUCUGGGACCAUCCCGUUGGCAUUGAUAGAUUUGGCAGUUCAUGCAUCCUUGACAAAGUUAUCCAUUCGAGGCACAUCCAUUUCGGGAUCCAUUCCUCCAGAAGCUUGCCUUGUCGUCAGCUUUAGCUGUAGUACUGACAACCCGCUGCUUUGCGGCUGUGAUUGUCCGUGUGCAUAGUUGCGUAACGAACGGACAGGCACCGGUACCAGGUACGGUACGGUUCAUGACCUUCAUGUGGCUGGUACCAGUACCGGUACCAUAUUCUUCACUACACAGUACACGUGUACCUCUUAAGCCUUUCAGUACCGGAGCCAGUCCGCGGAAGUACGAGUAUUAAU